AUGGAGUCGCAGGUCGAGAGCGCCAUUGAGCUCGCUUUCAGGCCAGAAAUCGACGGGAAUCUUAAGGCACAGGCCUACCAAUUCCUCACCGUAUUGCGCGAAGACCCGAACGCCUGGCAAGUCUGUCUGGCCUUGUUCACGCGCGAUCCGUCGCCUUCAGAAGUGGUGCGGCUAGUCUGCUUGGAGAUUGUGAACAAUGCCGUGCAGAUGCAGCGCCUGGAUCAGACGGGCCUGAACCAGGUGCGGCAGCGUUUGAUGGAGUAUAUUGGUCGCUUCUACGCUCCAGGCUCCACGGACGUCGACACGCCCUCCAUUCAGAACAAACUCACCCAGACCAUCACAUACCUCUUCACUUCCCUCUAUGCCUCGGACUGGUCCAACUUCUUCGAUGACUUCAUAGCUUUGGCUGGCACGGAUGCGGGCAAUGGAGCUUCACGGGCGGGAAUGGUCAUGCUCCUACGCAUCCUGGGCUCGAUUCAUGACGAGAUUGCGGAUCUGAUAAUUCCCAGGACACAAGAAGAACAGAGACGCAGUAUGGAGCUGAAGGAUAUGGUCAGGGCAAGAGAUGUCGACAAGAUCGCAAACAUAUGGCAAGGCAUCUUGGCCAACUGGAGACAAUUUGAUCUCACGCUGGUGGAUAUGUGUCUCAGGACAAUUGCAAAAUGGGUGAGCUGGAUCGACAUUUGGCUUGUCGUCAACGAGCGUAUCCAGGGCGCUCUGCUCGAAAUUGCUGGCCAGCAAGGCACCUUCUCUGCAGAUAGCAAGGAGGCUAAGGCGCGAGACGCAGCUAUCGACACCUUUACGGAAACGGUUGGCAAGAAGAUGCGGCCAAACGACAAAGUGGAGUUGAUCAAUUACCUCAAUCUUGGUACGAUCGUAGAUCAGCUUGUUGCUAGCCCAGCCCUGGCAGAUCUUCGAACCACGGCCGAAUACGACACUGACUUGGCCGAGACGGUUGCCAAGCUUGUCAACAAUGUCGUCUUCGAUGUGGUCAAGAUUCUUGAUACAGAAGGCGUCGACGAGCAGACUCGGACUAAAGCCGACCAGCAGUUGCAGACAUUCGUGCCAUUUCUGUUACGCUUCUUCGGCGACGAUUAUGACGAAAUCUCUGCUACAGUCAUUCCAUCGCUGACCGACCUCCUCACAAUGUUCCGGAAGAUGAAGAAGGCGAAAGGGAGCUUGCCGGAGCAUUAUAAGAGCAUGCUUCAGCCGAUUCUGGACACCAUCAUUGCAAAGAUGAAGUACGACGAUACAGCUUCUUGGGGCGAUGAAGAUGAGCAGACGGAUGAGGCUGAGUUUCAGGAACUUCGUAAGCGCCUUCACGUUCUUCAGCAAACAGUGGCUGCUGUUGAUGAACAGAUUUACAUGGACACACUGAGCAGAGUCAUGGCGAACACCUUGAGUCGGCUUGGCACAUCCGACAGCCCGAACUGGAGAGACCUGGACCUCGCACUUUUAGAGAUGCAUCACUUUGGUGAGCUCGCUAUCAAAAAUGGCGGACUUUAUGCAAAGACCCGGCCGUCUUCAGAAGCAGCGACACGUCUUGUGGAAAUGAUGUCGACCCUCGUGGCAUCUGAGCUUGCCUAUUAUCCCCACCCUGCAGUACAGCUUCAGUACAUGGAGAUUUGCGUACGAUACGUUCAAUUCUUCGAGCAGAACUCUGCGAACAUACCUCGAGUCCUGGAGAACUUUGUCCAAUUUGUGCACAGCGACCAUACCAAGAUAAAGUUGCGGUCGUGGUAUUUGCUGCAACGUUUUGCCAAGCAUCUGAGGGCUCAAUUGGGAGAGUACGCCCAGACGGUCGUUCAAGCCAUUUCUGACCUCUUACCCAUCAAGGCAGAGCUACAGAGUGGUAGGGAUGAUGACGAUGCCUCUUCCGAGGAGAAUGCCCAGUCCGCUGAUGCUGCUUUCCAAAGCCAGCUAUACCUGUUCGAGGCCAUUGGCCUGGUAUCCUCCACCCAAAAUGUGCCUACGCCGAACAAGGUAGCAAUCGCACAAACGGUCAUCAAUCCAUUGUCUGCAGACUUGUCUAAUCAUCUUCAAGCUGCGAAGAACGGAGAUGAGAGAAGUGUCCUACAAAUCCAUCACGUCAUUAUGGCACUUGGGUCACUUGCAAAUGGCUUUUCGGACUGGACACCAGGGCUCACGCAUGGCGGUCCGCCCUCUACCGAAGUCUCACAAGAGUUCGUUGGAGCUAGUGACAGCAUUCUUAUUGCACUGGAGAACCUCAAGCAGCACUCAGAUCUUCGAGCUGCUGCCCGUCACGCCUUUUCGCGGUUUCUCGGUGUGCUAGGCGCGCAAGUCCUCCCUCAGCUACCGAGAUGGAUUGAAGGUCUUCUGUCAUCAGCGUCUUCGAACGACGAGAUGGCAAUGUUUCUUCGCACGCUGGGCCAAGUGGUCUAUGGGUUCAAGACAGAGAUCGCGGACAUUCUCGAUCAAUUGCUGUCGCCACUCCUCCAACGUGUGUUUUCCGGUCUGUCGAUACAGGCGUCUGGCACAGACGAUGAAAUACAGCUGCGAGAACUGCAGCGCGAAUACCUGAACUUCAUCCUGGUCAUCCUGAAUAAUGAAUUAGGGUCAGUUCUGGUCAGUCCUGCCAACCAAGGCACAUUCGACGCAUUCAUCUCUUCGAUCACACGCUUCUCCACUGAUGUCUCCGAUCCGCAGAGUGCACGACUUGCCUUUUCAGUUCUCACCAAGCUGACCAGCAUCUGGGGUGGUCCAGAUGUGGCAGUCGACGCCACCCCGCAACCCACUCUACCUGGUUUCGACAACUUCAUUCUUGCGCAAUUCGCUCCUCUUCCGUGGACGUUGAUCUCGUCUCUGACGGCAAGGACUGCACAAGACGCACAGAUGCGAAGCGUACUGCAAGAAGCCGCAAGCUUGCAAUGGACGAUCCUUCGCAAGAAUGGUGUCACAUACCAAUCGCAGCUUCAGAAUGAGCUUCGCAGUCUAGGCGCAAGUGACGAUGGAAUUCAGUCAUAUUUCGGAAGCAUUGGUGGCGACGUCCUCGGGUUCCGCAAAUUCUUCGCCUCAUUCGUCCAGCAAGCAAAGCGGUAG